CUGGUCUCGAAUAGUUGCAUUCUCAUUUCCUCUACUCGCCCUUCCAUUACUGAUGUAAACAAAAACCAGUAAAAUCAGAAGAUUCAACUCGUACUAUGUCGUCUUUAAGGAAGAGUUCUGUAGAAGAUGAAUACUGGGAUACAUCUAGGGCAUCUGCAAAGAAAAAUAAAGCAUUUAACCUGUUUGAUGAUACAGUGUCUGUAGAGACAGCAGAUGAUUUACGGAAGUCCAAGAGGCUACUACGAUCAUUUGAUGAUGACGAUGAUGAGUCAACUGAUACCAUUAACUGGGAUGGGACACCUUCGGCUGAAACAGCCUCAAGAACACCACAACCAACCACUGUUUCUCCUUCCCCAAUGCAUCAGCCAAUCAAAUCAUCCCUUUCACAUGACAAAACAAGAGAGAGGCUACAACCAAUUCAGCAGAUGACACAUACAAGAUCCCAAAGUUUUACCAUCGACGCACAAGAUCAAAGCACUAAAAUUGAAAGUGCAGGAAAUGUGUCAUUUCAGCCAGAUUCUGGGUCGAUGUUGUACAGCAAAUCACAGGAGAAACUAUCUACCAGUUUGUCUAACACAUCUUUGAAUAAUCAAUCAAUUCAUGAUGUUGUUAUAUCCAACCAACCUAAAACUCCACAAACAAAUGAUCCAAAGAAAUUAGUGGAACAGAUUCAAUUUUUACAACGACAAUUAGAAAGAGCCAAGGCCAGUGGAGGCAGCAAGAUUCCUGUUGAUGAGACAGUACAGAGAAUUAUAAAUGGAGAGCAAUACAGUCUAGAGAUGUACAAGUCAAAGAACGACAAAUUUGCACUUUUAGAUCAAGCUAUAAAACUUCAUGAUGGGAAUGCUAUUACAGCAAUCAUCCUUUUUAUAAAGAAAACAAUAAAGCCCUCCAUAUUUAAUCUAGAGUUACAGAGAAGGCCAGUAGCAGCUAAUCAUUUGAUCAGUUAUAUGAAAGCUCAUUUUGACUUGAAAGAAUUAGAAGAUCUACUUGGGAUGUUAGGGAGGAAUGAAGAAGCAGCAAUGUUGAAGUAUAAGCAAGCAGUUUCUAUAAGUGAUGCAGGUGCUAAACUAAAAUCAUUGGAUAUGUGUUUAAGAGCACACUUCUCAGCUAAUCCACAGCUAUCAUCUGAAACACCAUUGUUACAGGAACACAUAGCAUUAUUAGAAAGACAAAGACCAAUAGAGGAUUCUGAUAGGAAAGCAGAAUUAAGUGGAACAGUAAUGAUGUUUAAGCAAUAUCCACGUAAAGCUUCUAUACUUAACAUGUCAGCUGUUACCACACUUUACUAUUGUUGUUUUUAUCAUUCCUCAGAAGGGGAGAAUCAUUUGGCAUGUCCAGAAGCAAUUAGAAAACAACACCAGUUGACAGAUAAACAAUUUGUAUGGACGGCUUUAUCUGCCAGAGCUAGGUUAAAACAGUGGAAUAGUGUAGACGAAUUACUUACAACUAAGGGUUGGUUUGGUGGUACUAAAGCACGAGCUGUGAUUGGUUUUGACCGGGUGUGUCAGAUACUCAACCAGUGUAAUCCUCCAUUAGAGGUUCUUACAAAAUAUUUGAAGUUGAUUGAUAAUACAGAGAAAAGAUUAGAACUGGCUAAAAAAUUUAAAUGUCAUAAUGUCGUUAUUGAGACACUAGCAUCCAUGAAAGAUCGUGCACAAUUAGAGUUUUAUGGAAGAAAAUUACAGCCAGGAACAAUAGAGGCAAGAAGUGCUGCUGCAGCUCUUAAUAAUUCUAGUAUAAAAUGGAAGAAUUGAUGGCAUGAAAAGUGAUAUUGACUGUGAUAUAUUGUGCAAUAAAGAUUAUUUUAUGUAAACUUACAUUCCAAGAGACUUCAUUCAUGUGAAGACCAUAAGAUAAAAACAAUGAUUAAAAUGACAUUUUAUUAGAAUACUGUAAACAAAUGAAUUUUGUAAAUCUUACCUUACCUGUUUACUGUAAAUGUUAACCUUCAUAAAAAUCCUGGCGAUAUUAUUAUGAAGUAAAGCUGUCAAAAAUUUUA